AUAAAACUCAACCUCUCUCUCUCUCUCUCUCUCUCUCUCUCUAUCAUCACAGAUUCAAAUAGGAAGACGAAAGUGAGCGAGGGAGUGACUGAGCGAGCGAGCGAGUUUGCAUCGGGAGAGAUAAAAAAAAAAAAAAAAAGGUGGGGGUUGGGGGCUCUCCUAUGGUUUGAUCAGUAGAGUCUCCUGAAUUGAUUAUUGAAUUGAGAUCUCCAUCCUCCUCUGUUUUGGAUUGUCGAGCUUUCGGUUCUCUCAUUUCGACUCUCUCCCUUUCCGCAUUCCCAUUUUCUCUUUCUUUCUAUCCCAACAGAAAGCAGCAGAAUGAACGGGGAUGGAGGGAGGAAGGGAGGCCAGACCUAAAUAACCUCAAAUUCGAGCCCUUUGCUUUCGGCAGCUGGUCUGGUCCCCGUUUUUUACCAGAGGGAGGUGGUAUAGACAAGAACAUCAAUGGACGGGCUGCACGGUGCUGGUGACAACAACAACUUCAUGGGACUGUUUGGUGGUGUUAACAACUUCGAGGCAGACUUCAUGGCUCAACUCAAGGAGGAAGGCUAUGAGAGCCACGAAGGCAGCGAGAACUUCGACGCUGGGUCUGGGGACGAGGUCGAUGUCGAGGUGGAACUCGUCGAAGGCGAUGGACAGCAGGACCAGCCCCCCAAGAAGAAGAAGUACCAUAGGCACACUCCCCAGCAGAUCCAGCUUCUCGAAUCAUUCUUCAAGGAGUGCCCACAUCCAGAUGAGAAACAGCGGAAUGAGCUCAGCCGCAGGCUCGGCUUGGAGAGUAAGCAGAUCAAGUUCUGGUUCCAAAACCGGAGGACUCAGCUGAAGACACAAAUGGAGCGCCAUGAGAAUGCGAUGCUAAGGGAGGACAAUACCAGGCUCCGAAAUGAGAACCAUGCAAUGAGGACGAAGCUGAACCGACCAAUCUGCAACACCUGUGGUGGGCCUGCGGUUCUUAAUGGUAGCAGGAUGACCCCUGAGGAGCAGCAGCUGAAGCUCGAGAAUGCCCGACUCAAAGAUGAACUGACCCGCAUAUGUGUUCUUUCUAACAAGUUCCUAGGAAGGCCAAUCUCCCCGUUCGCUCGUUCAAUCAUGGCCUCUGCCGCCCCUCCUCCUCCUCCUGCACCGAGCAGCGGGCUUGAGAAUGUAGGCAUCCCAGUCAGGGUGGCAGGGCCCAGCAGCCUUGGCUUUCCAGAUGGGUUUUCUAUUGCCCCGCCAGUCGAUCCUAUGACGAAACCAAUUAGAGGUGCUGCAGAAGGUGGCAAUGAAGCAUUGCAUGAGAAGUCCAUGUUUCUAGAGCUUGCUGUCUGUUCCAUGAAUGAACUGAUCAAGAUGGCUGAAGUGAACACUCCACUUUGGGCCCGGAGCUUUGAUGGGGCGAGAGAAGUGCUGAACCAUGAGGAGUACAUGAGGAUAUUCUCUCCCCAUUGUGGUUCUAAGCCUAGAAACUUUGUGCCGGAGGGCUCCAGGGAGACAGCAAUCCUGCUCAUCAAUAGCUUGGCAGCCGUGGAAAUACUAAUGGAUGUGGACCGAUGGGCGGAAACAUUUCUGUGCAUGAUUGCCAGAGCGUCCAUCAUUGAUGUUAUUUCCGGCGGCAUAAGUGGAAAUCGAAACGGGGCUCUCCAAUUGAUGGAAGCGGAGCUUCAAGUGCUAUCACCUUUGGUUCCAGUGCGCCGAGUGAAGUUCCUUAGGUUCUGCAAGCAGCAUGCUGAGGGGAUUUGGGCCGUGGCCGACAUUUCCGUGGAUCUGUUCCCCGAUACCAUAGAGGGUUUUGCUUUUGCCAACUGCAGGAGGCUUCCGUCAGGCUGUAUAUUGCAGGACAUGCCCAAUGGUUGCUGCAAGGUUACGUGGAUCGAGCAUUCUGAAUAUGAUGAGGGCCUGAUCCCUGAUCUCUACCGGUCGUUUCUCCGCUCAGGGCUUGGGUUCGGUGCCCAGAGAUGGGUUGCGACACUGCAGAGGCAAUGCGAGUUCUUAACCAUGCUGAUGCCGUCUGCCAACCCGGGGGAAGAACCUUCAGGAAUCAAUCUGAGCGGGCGGAGGAGUAUGCUGAAGUUAGCCCAAAGAAUGGUGGACAACUUCUGUUCUGGGGUCUGUACCUCGAUGGUUGGAGACUGGGAGAUGCUUUAUGCUGGAAACAUCGGACAGGACAUCAGGGUGAUGACCCGGAACAGCCUCAACAACCCCGGUUUGCCACCAGGGAUACUGCUCAGCGCCUCAACUUCGGUCUGGAUGCCUGUUUCCCAUGAAGUGCUCUUCAAUUUCUUGCGUGAUGAGCGGGUGAGGAGCGAGUGGGACAUACUCUCUCGAGGAGGGCUGAUGCAGGAGGCGGUCCACAUCGCCAAGGGCCAGAGCCGUGAGAACUGCGUGUCUCUUCUCCGUGCUAACCCCGUGGGUGAGAAUGCAACUGGCAUGCUGAUACUGCAAGAGACGUGGUCGGACGCGUCGGGCUCUCUAGUAGUCUAUGCCCCAGUGGACGUGCAGUCAAUAAAUCUGGUGAUGGGCAGUGAAGACUCGAGCUUCGUGGCUCUCUUGCCCUCGGGAUUCGUGAUCCUUCCUGAUGCUUGUGAUCCGUUGGGCACUGGAAAUGUGUUGAUCAAUGGCGGGAGCAUCUGUGCUGGAUCGCUGCUGACAGUUGGCUUUCAGAUCCUAGUGAAUAGCGUCCCAAUGGCAAAGCUGAAUGCCGAGUCCGUGGAGACUGUGAACGGCCUCAUUGCCUGCACCGUUCAGAAGAUCAAAGCAGCCCUGCAGCUGGCAUGAUUCGAUAGUGCUGAGCCCCAGUCCUGGAAGAUCCUUUCAAACUUGGAUCAACCACAAGCAUCAGGUUGCAAUGGGCUCAUGGCGACUUCAGAUAUGAAUCUGAAGGAUCGUACUCGAGCCCGGUCUGGGUCGGAACUGUAGGAGCUGCAUUUUUUCUUUAGUUUUGGGCUGCGCCGGUUUAGAUAUUAAAAAAUUAAACUUCAAUACAGUAUAGGGAGUUUUCAAAUCAGAACUGAAGAAGAUGGAAGAUUAGAGUUUGGACAUAGGUGGGGUUUUUGAGUCAAGAACGAACCGCUGAUUGGAAUAGUUUAAAUCCCAAUGGGCAGAUCCAAAGGCAAGAUGAAUAUUUCGAGCAGUGGUUCGGGUAUUGACUUGGGUUAACCCGGGUUAGAUCCAAGGAUUAAUAUACAUUAUCGGAUGUUUGUUUGUUAUAGCUUCUAUUGAAGUCCGGACAUUAUUCAACACCUUCAAGCCCUUCCAAUGGA